UUCGAUACCUUCCCUCCCUCCGGCCGCCUUCCCACCCCGUCCACUAAUCGGCAGCCGAGUUUUUUCCUCCCUACCUUAUAAAUCCAGUGCACAGUGCCCGCACCCACCCCACACCACGCCCUUUCCUCUCCGGGCUACGCGGGCAGGGACCAGAAAGGGAAGCCGCGGACGCGCCGUCUUCCCCGCUCCUCUCCUUCUCCUCGCUCGCUUAGCCAUUUCUGUUGGUGAUUGGCCCGUUUGCCGUUUUCGUCGGAGGAGAGGGGAUCGAUCGAGCUCCGCCAGCGGCAGGAAGGAUGGUGCGGGGGAAGACGCAGAUGAAGCGGAUAGAGAACGCGACGAGCCGGCAGGUGACCUUCUCCAAGCGCAGGAACGGGCUACUCAAGAAGGCCUUCGAGCUCUCCGUGCUCUGCGACGCCGAGGUCGCGCUCGUCGUCUUCUCCCCUCGCGGCAGGCUCUACGAGUUCGCCAGCGCCACUAGCUUGCAGAAAUCGAUUGACCGCUAUAAGGCUUAUACAAAGGAUACUGUUAAUAACAAGAUAGUACAGCCAGAUAUACAGCAAGUCAAAGCUGAUGCUCUAAGCUUGGCAAAGAAACUUGAAGCUCUUGAAGAUACGAAGCGAAAGAUCUUGGGCGAAAAUUUAGGAGGAUGCUCUACUGAAGAACUGCAUUUUCUGGAAGGAAAAAUUGAGAAGAGUCUCCGCGUCAUCAGAGGAAAGAAGACCCAGCUGCUCGAACAGCAGAUAGCUAACCUGAAAGAGAAGGAGAGGACGCUUCUCAAAGACAACGAAGACUUGCGUGGAAAGCAGCGCAACCUUGAGGCGCCGCUGUUUCUUCCUGCCCCGAACUGCGUUGCACCCCUGCAGCCACGUGGCGAGCCGGCGCCAGAGCAUCAGCCGGUACCGAGAGACGAUGACGUGGAGACGGAGCUCUACAUUGGGUUACCCGGGGUUCGCUGCUCCAGCCAGCGAUCAGGUCAAGCCAAAUAGCUAACCCGCCGGAAGGAUGAGCCCACGCGAAUAAACUCUCUACAGAUGCAUCAAGUGCCCAAGCAGUAGUCGACCGUUUCUAUUAUUCUCUAUAUUUAGACGAAUCUGUAAUCUCUUGCAAAGCUAAAUUAGCGGCUGCGACGAUGACAAACCUGCAGAGAACCUCUGACGACUCAACUCAAGUUGAAAUGCCCAGCACACCAAUUGUUUCUUGGCCUGGCUGUAUAUAUAGAAAUUACGAAGUUGCUGUCUCUCA